UCACCGAAGAACAACUUGAGGUGGAAGUGUUUCUCCAUUGGAAUAGUCAACCACAGAAGGUCCAGUUAACCAGUGGCAGCUUCACGUUAUUUCUCCCUUAGAUCGCUUAUACAAAAAAUCUGGUAAUCAUGGCCAUGGACGAUGAGAGGAAACGUAUCGAGGAUGAAAGAAAAAGAAAACAAGCAGAGACAGACCGAAAAAGAGCCGAAGUUCGUGCUCGUCUCGAGGAAGCAUCUAAAGCCAAAAAGGCUAAGAAGGGUUUCAUGACCCCAGAGCGUAAGAAAAAACUCAGGUUGUUAUUACGUAAAAAAGCAGCAGAAGAACUUAAGAAAGAACAAGAAAGGAAAGCUGCCGAACGACGACGUAUUAUAGAACAACGUUGCGGUAAACCGAGACCUAUUGAAGAUGCCAAUGAAGAAACUUUGAAACGUGUUUUACGAGAAUACCACACAAGGAUCUGUGAACUGGAGGACAAGAAAUUUGACAUCGAGUAUAUUGUCAAGAAGAAAGAUUUUGAGAUCUCUGAUUUGAACAGCCAAGUUAAUGAUCUCCGAGGAAAAUUCAUGAAGCCGACCUUAAAAAAAGUAUCCAAGUAUGAAAGCAAAUUUGCUAAACUACAAAAGAAGGCAGCUGAAUUCAACUUCCGCAAUCAACUAAAGCAAGUCAAGAAAAAAGAAUUCACCUUAGAAGAAGAAGAUAAAGAGCCCAAGAAAUCCGAGAAAGCCGAAUGGCAGACCAAGAAGUAGCCGGAUGUCACAUGAGAAAGGAGAUUUGAUAAUUAAUUCAUUAUUUGAUAAUAAAUAAGUCAACAGAAAUAUUUUAAACAUAUUUACCAUCGCGUUAAAAUUUUUUUAUCUUACAAACCACGGACGUUUAAACACCCGCUCAUUUAAAAAUUCAUUUAUAAAUAUUUUUUUCAGAUUAAGAUAUAAUUGGCAUGCUAUGUAUUUUUAAAUUAUUUAACACUUAUUUCAUUGUCAACACUUAAAAAAGAAAAAAAAAAUAAGCUUACACUGUCAAUUCUCCACUGUAAAUAUAUUUCUUCGCUACCAA